UAAAACGGGUCACAAACAAAAAGCUUUGCUUCCACUCUCUCUCUCCUUCUCCGGCGAUGCUUUCACUUUCUCCGGCGACGUUAAUCUCAUCGCCGACGAUCAAUUGAACUUUCGUUUCUUCCUUCUCUGAGUUUCCGUUUCUUCCUCCACCCCUCACUUUUCCGGUCAGCCGAAAAAUUCUCCGGCGGUCUCACAGAAACUCAACAGCUUCGUGAUUCUGUUUUAUACUUUGCUUUUUUUCUUCUUCAACUGUUUUUAUUACGUCACAUUUCUCAUUCGAUUCAAUUGUUUUCGAUCGGAUUGUUAAUAAAUUAUCGCCGGAAAAUCAUCAUCAUCGCCGGCGACGGUUGAAAGUUAGUUACACUUGUUUAAACUCAAAUUUAACAAAAAAUAAAACUAAAAACUAAAAAAUAAUCCAGUUUAGUUGAAGAUAAAUCACUAUGUUAGAUCUUAAUCUAAACGAUUCAAACUCAACUGAUUCAACUCAGAAUCAGAACCAUAACUCGCCGAUGAUUUCAAAGAACUUUCCGCAAACAGUGGAUGAAUCAGGAACAUCGAAUUCCUCGAUCGUCAAUGCAGACGGUGACGAAGACUCGUGUUCCACGCGCGAUUUCACUUUGAGUUUCGAUAUUCUGAAAACGGAAGGUUCAAAUUCAAACAACGUCGUAACAAAGGAGUUUUUCCCUGUGAAGUUGCAAGCUACGUCGUCGUCAUUUUCGAUGAAGAACGGUUCGGUUGAUUUUUCGAUUAAUCAAAACGAAGAGAUGAAGAUUGUUCAAGCGCCACAGCAAGUGAAGAAGAGUAGAAGAGGACCUAGGUCUCGUAGUUCGCAAUACAGAGGUGUUACGUUUUAUCGCAGGACUGGUAGAUGGGAAUCGCAUAUCUGGGAUUGUGGGAAACAAGUUUAUUUAGGUGGAUUUGACACAGCUCAUGCUGCUGCUAGAGCCUAUGAUCGAGCUGCUAUUAAGUUUAGGGGAGUUGGUGCUGACAUAAAUUUCAAUUUGAAUGAUUACGAUGAUGAUCUUAAACAGACGAAGAAUUUAUCAAAAGAGGAGUUCGUGCAAAUACUUCGUCGACAAAGCAAUGGUUUCUCAAGAGGGAGUUCGAAGUACAGAGGAGUAACACUGCACAAAUGUGGCCGUUGGGAAGCUCGAAUGGGACAAUUCCUUGGCAAAAAGUAUAUAUAUCUUGGGUUAUUCGACAGUGAAGUAGAAGCUGCAAGGGCUUAUGACAAAGCAGCUAUCCAAAAUAAUGGAAGGGAAGCAAUGACUAAUUUUGAGGCCAGUACAUAUGAAGGAGAGAUGAAAUCUGCAGCCAUCAAUGAGGCAGGCGGCAGUCAAAAUCUUGAUCUCAAUUUGGGCAUAGCCACGCCAGGGCCUAGUCCCAGAGAAAAUUGGGGGCAACUUCACUUCCCCUCAUCUGUCCCUUACACUAUGCAAGCUGGAAGAAGUUCAAAGAUGGAAACCAAUGUUUCAGGAAUCGGUGAUCCAUCUUUGAAAAGGCUAUUAGCAACUGAAGAGCGUCAUUCUUUAUGGAAUGGCAUGUAUCCCGCUUUCUUUUCCAAUGAGGAAAGAGCAGAUAGCAUCAACAAAGCUCCUCCAAAAGGACUCCCCAAUUGGGCGUGGCAACCUCAUGGCCUUGUCACUGCUAGCCCAGUGCCACCGGUCUCUGCAGCAGCAGCAGCAUCAUCAGGAUUCUCCAUUAAUUCAGCUCCCAUUCCAUCGACUCGCAUGUUCCCACCAAGAUCUAUGAACUCAAUUCCCCAGAGUCUCUAUUUUACUUCGCCCAAUGCACCUAACGGCAACAGAUCUCCAUACUAUUAUCAGGUUAAGCCACCGCAAGCACCGACCUAGCCCAUCGUGUACUGCAGAUGGAAAGCAAACCAUAAAAUGUGUUUGUGUUUAAAAUUCUUUGUAUGAUUCAGUGGCCAAUUUGUGUAAAGUGAGACUUGACCACUGGAUUUAUGCCUUUUGUUUUGAUAAAUCAUCCUUGAAGAAACACUAUUUUCUAGUGCACUGAUUGGUAGUUCAUGAUAUUUGGCCACCAAUUUGAGAGUGUCGUGCCUCCAAAUGGGAGGGACGAAAGAGUUUUACAUUUUCCAUUGGAAAAUUCAACCUGAUUUGAUUGCAUACAUUAUUAUUUGAUUAAAAUUUCUCAAUAUAGAGCAGUGUUCUAUAUUUUCCAUGA